AUGGCACUCUUUGACUUAUAUGUUAGUCACCCUGAUUACCUAACAAGACUAGUUUUAAGUACUAAAGAAUACAAUCUUGAUAUCAUUAGUGCUGCCGCUGUAGCUUGUGUUGCGGCCCUUCACUUGAUCAAUAAUGUUGAAGUUAAGGCAAUAAGAGGGCCACUUACAUCAAGUGAAACUCAAUUUGUGAUAAAUGUAGGGACUAAAGCUAAAGUACCCAUUAUUGCUUACUCUGCAACAAGUCCUUUCCUUUCAUCUCUAAAGUCCUUCAUUCGAGCUACACAAAAUGAUGUUACUCAAGUACAAGCCAUUGGAGCCCUUAUACAAUCAUUUGGUUGGAGAGAAAUCGUGCCUAUAUAUGCUAACAACGAAUAUGGUCAAGGCAUCAUGCCUCAACUGGUUGAUAUGCUGCAGGGAUCUAACACCCGGAUGCCAUACCAAUGUCGUUUACUCGUUUCUCCGUUAGUGACCGAUGAUCAAAUCUUACAAGAAUUAUACAAGUUGAAAAGUAUGCAAACAAGGAUGUUUGUAGUCAGGAUAUUUCUUAAAGCUAAAGAAGCUGGUAUGAUGAGUGAAGAUUAUGUUUGCAUUUUGACAAAUGGAAUGAGUGAUUUACUCGAAUCUUUUGAUCGUAAUGCUCUCGAAUGAAUGCAAGGUGUGUUGGGUGUCAAGACUUUUGUGCCUAGAACCGAGUUAAAGAAUCUCACCACUCGAUGGUCGAUGACUAAUAAGCAUGAUCAUCCCAUGAAUGGAUAUGGUUUAUGGGCUUAUGAUGCUACUUUAGCUUUAGGCAAUGCAGCAGAAGAGCUUGGUAAUAGAUUAGAUCACUUUAAUCUCCGGAAUCUACACAGAACAUAUAUGAAUUCGACUCCAACAGGGUAGAACCUUUUACAAGCAAUGUUAAAGACAAAAUUUCAAGAUCUUGCAGGAGAUUUUAGCCUUAGCCAAGCAGGGAAAUUGACAAAACCGUCAGUGUACCAAAUCAUAAAUGUGGAUGGAAAUGGGUGGAAAGAUCUCGGAUAUUGGACUGCAGAAAAUGAACUUGUAAAGAUUAAAGGAGAUUUGUCGGGAAGACAUCAUCGUUAUUCUACAUCGAAUGCUAAUUUACGAGCCAUCAUAUGGCCAAGAGAUUCUGUGCCUGUUCCGAAAGUUUGGGUCAUUUCUGCAAGCAGAAAAAAGCUAAAGAUCGGUGUGUCUGUCAAGUAUGGUUUUACUGAAUUAGUGAAUGUGCAGAACUGUCCGGAAACUAACACUACCCAAGUCACUGGUUUCUGCAUCGAUGUUUUCGAUGCUGUUAUGGAUAAGCUUCCCUACUAUGUUCCUUAUGAGUUCAUUCCAUUUGCGGAGAUGAAAAACACAGCCUCGAGCUCAUAUAAUGAUCUAACCUAUGUUACAGUCAAGCAGCUACAACCUGCAGUUAAAGAUGUGAAUCAGUUGAUAGAAAAAGGUGAAUCUGUGGCAUAUCAGCAUGGCUCCUUUGUCCAAGGACUUGCGCAACUGAAAUCAUACAAAGGAAGUGAAGAACUUAAUGAGUUGUUGUCGAAAGGAACGGAAAAUGGGGGUGUUGCAGCAGUUUUUGAUGAGGUUCCAUAUAUGAAGCUUAUCCUAGGAAAAUAUUGUCACAAGUAUUCUAUGGUUCAACCCACUUACAAGACCGGUGGAUUUGGCUUUGUAUUUCCGUAAGGGUCUCAACUAGUAGCUGACAUAUCAAGAGCAAUACUGAAUGUAACAAACGGAGAAAAGAUGGUGGGAAUAGAGAUAGAAUGGUUCACAACAAAUGACAGUUACGAUACAGACAGAGUAAGCAACAACGUUUCUCAAGAUCAUUUCUAUCUGGGAGUUGAGAGUAGGCCUAUGCAAUGGGCCGGAUACGGGCCAAACCGGGCUUUAGUGGAUACGGGCUGGAUCGGGUCGUGCCUAUGA